AGAAUGCUCUCUGCUAACGACAUACAGUUGCAUGAUUAGCUAAGACAUGCAGGGCAAGUUUCGGUCCCGAAAGUCAUAACUCACCGUUCCGAAGGCCUUGUACGAUAGAAUAUGGACUACCAUGCAGGUAGACGCGGUAACCCUAGCGAGGACGUAAUGGCUACCAACGUACGCUUGCCAAGAACAAUUGCCCUAGGAAACAUGAAAGACGGGACCACAGACUUCGUGCGGGUGUAGGUGAGACAAGCAAAUUAGCUUGCUUCCUGCUUGCAACUAUUGAAUCUCAUGACCUCUCUCGGAGUGACGCUUGGAGGCGGCUGAUGGGCUGCGGAGUGGAUGAUAGCCACGCCACGUAGGGCCGCCGUAGGACGUUCGUAUUCAUGAUACUCCGAGGGCGUCACAUCUAAGAUUUCCUAGAUGAUUGACGGAUAGAAUGGUAUAAGAUGCUCAAUGACCGCAACGUUUGAAUCUUGAGCCUGGCAUGGAAAGACACUCACAUCUCAUCCAUAUCUACAGUCGUGACCAAUCCAUUCUCUGUCUAAUUUGGCUCUUUCACAUAUCUCAACAUGCGCUUCAUCACUCUCAUACCACUCCUCGGCACAGCACUGGCCGCUCCAUAUGAACUGAUCUCCAAGCGUGAGCUCAAGGAUCACGAAUGGUCCCACAGCAAGAAAACCGGGUGUCCCGCCUAUCUCGAAGCCGGCCAGUUCGAAUAUCCUCACUAUAUCACCCAAAUCUCAGCCAAGCAUCCCAACACGGCCUAUGGACCAAAGCACAACGGUGUCUUCACGCCGAACGAUAUCUCGACCAUCUUCAGCUUUGACAUCCCGGCGUCGCGCGCCGACGCGAACUGUACGCUAGAAUUCCUAUUCCCCAAGAAGAACCAGCUGCGGACCUCAUCGUACUCGUACAAAGGCAAAGGCACUUUCUUCUUCACGGGCUAUUCGGCCGGUAGCUGUCCCGGCCCGGAGACUACUUUCAACAGCCAGCCGGAAACUGGCCCUUAUCCGCCGUUCCCACCAAUCCAUAUGGAGCCUGGCUACGCUUAUACCAUCGAUGUCGGCCCAUGCUUUGUAGCUUCGGGUACUUGUGUGGCUGGCGUCACCUCAACCAACGACACGUACUUCUCUUACUUCCAGGAUUAUAAUGACUGUCCCAUCGGUAUCUAUACUGCGUACAGCUACGGCUUGCCUUGCAAGCCGCCAUACUGCUAGAUACAGUGGCUCUCCGACAGGUCUGGGGUGAGAACCUGGAUGCGCGGCUGGCUAGUUGUCGAACCAUG